AUGGAUGAUGAUAUAAUCUCCUAUGCACGGAAACCAACAAAAUUCGGAAGAUUCAAGCUAUCAGUGAAGAUCGUUUGUCGACGAAUUUACAAGCAGCUUCGAAAGCUUGUGUUCUCAAUCGUUCGCCGCUUGGGAUUCCGCGUGGAGGUCGAAGAGCUGUACCGUUCAGAAGACCAAUAUGAUCGAAUUCGUCAAAAGAUCGAGCUCUUUUCCCAUCUCAACCGUCAAGGAUAUGAUUGUUGUGCUGAUGUUUUGGUUGGGAUGGAGACUGAAAGAGGCAUCAUGCUAAAGCAGGAAGAACAUCUUGAAUCUCUUCGUCUCGUUGUCGCGAUGAUGAAGAAACACAUUCACGACAAAGUUCUUCAAGGAGCUGCUUUAAACACCUUGUGCCACAUUCUGCAAAGAAUCGCAACGUGCAAAGAGAUGAGAAAUGAGAUUUUGAGUGUUCUUCUCAAAGGAAUGGAAAUCCACCUUGAUGAUCGUGAGCUGACAAAACUCUACUGUGACUCACUCGCCUAUUUCGAUAUCCCACAAGAUGUCGAUGACUAUAAUCGCUUGGCUUUCUUGUUCACAAGCAUUCUUCAAAAGCAUCUCCCGGAUAAAACCAUCCAGAAGACUAUGGUUUUUCGCUUGAAUACAAUGGCUUCUCAUUCGAAUGAGAAUCAAAAAGUGCUCAUCGGAUCACUGGGAGUUAUUGAGCUUGUCCUUUUGCUCAUUGGAGGAAAAAUUGAAACUGGUGACGGUGACUAUUUGAUGGAAACCGCUUGGAGUUUUCUUUGGACUAUUACAGAUAACACUCCAAUGAACUGUGAGAAGUUUUUGCGUGAAUCCGGCUUAUCUCUUUUCGAGGACUGUUAUCAAAAGUUUUAUGAAAAACAAGAAAUCGUUUACAACAUGAUGGGUGUUAUUGGAAAUUUGGCUGAAGUUGAGAUGCUUCGUUGUCAAUUGAUGAAAGAUGAGCUGCUCACGAUCUUCUGUGAACUGCUGAGUGUCGGUGAUCUUUCGAUGGAGAUUUCUUACAAUAGUGCCGGUGUUCUCGCUCAUCUCGCAGCUGAUAAAGCACUCCCAUGGAAUCAAGUAUUGAUUUGUCGACAACGAGUCAUGGAGAACAUUGUCAAGGCAACGUGGGCCUGGAAGCUUGAGGCUCGUCGAUUCAUAAACUAUGACACAUUCCAACCAUUGCUUAAAUUGCUUUCUGAAACGAAUGCUUUCGGGAGUCGUCAUUGGGCUGUUUGGGGUAUCGCUCAUCUUACAACUACUUACCCAAAAAAGUAUUGUCAACUGUUGGAGUGUGAAGGCGGUGUGCAGAUUCUCGAAGAUUUGAGUGAUGAUGAGAAUGCAACUGGAGAGAUUCAAGAAUUAGCCUCGAUCGCUCUCAAUAACAUCAAGACUUGGGUGGGAAAAGAAAAU